AUGACACAGAACAAUCGUGUUCAAUGGGUGUACUCCUCCCAGAACGAACAGGAACUGGAGGAGCGUUACGACCAGUGGGCUCAGGAAUAUGAUGCGGACCUGGAGACCGAUUUUGGCUGGAUAUCUCCGCAGCGCACGUCAGACUCACUGGCCAAGCACGUUGACAAGGAAGCGUCAAUACUUGAUGCAGGUGCUGGAACGGGCCUGGUAGGUGAAUGCCUGCACCAGCACGGGUAUCGUAAACUGACGGCCAUGGAUCUUUCCACCGGAAUGCUGGAUGUGGCCCGGAAGAAGAAUAUCUAUCAGGCCUUAGACCAGAUGACCAUGGGGGAAAGGCUGGAUUACAAGACCGACCAAUUUGACGCUUCAAUUAUUGUCGGUGUGUUUACCCAAGGCCACGCCCCGGCUGGUUCGUUGGACGAAUUGGUGCGUGUGACCAAGAGCGGCGGGCAUGUUGUAUUCAGCUUGAGAACAGAUAUUUACGUGGAAAACGGCUUUAAGGAAAAGAUGGAUGCCCUGGAAUCAGCCGGGUUGUGGAAGCUAUUAGAGGUGGGCGACACCUUCCAGCCAUUGCCCAAGGGUGAGCCUGAGGUUUUGCACCAGGUCUGGGUUUACCAAAUCAGCUAA